AUGAACAGCAGUUCCCAGACCGGCCUCUACCAAUCUGCCAACAGUAGCACUUCCACACUCCGGCCUCGUGCCGCUCGUCUCAUUUCCUACAUUGACGAUGAGAACUCCAUUCCUACCAACGAGUCAAACGCUGUCUCAACUUCCUCCUCAUCCACAUCACCGCGCUUUCCUAGCCGGGGUGUUUCAGAUAAUGACACCGUAAUCCGAUCCAGAUCUACCGACAAAUCUAAACACGGACGGACAAAGAAACUACGUAAUCGAUCUUCUUCGGGCUCACAGAGUCCAUCUAGCGGAGGUCCAGCACUAUGGGACUCGUGGUCAUCAAUCCAGGGCCUUGCCUCGACCUUGUUAGGAAGUGACGUACCAGGCUCGUCCAAAGAUAAGACAAAUGGCCCCUUCAAGGCUCCCAUAUGGAUGAAGCAAGAUUUGCUCUACGGAACUAAAUCUUCCACCCCGCAAUGGGGCCCUAGCCAUCAAUCUCCUGCCGAUGCGGCCCAAGGAGCACUCGAAGAAAGACAAGCUAUGGUGCAAGCAAAGAGAAGGGAAGAACUCCUUCUAGCCAGCGUGUCAGAAAAUCUCGACAGCUCGGGAAGACAUAAGCGGAGAGGCUCAGACGCAGACUUAUCGGUGGCCACACCGACUGACUCGAACGAAGACGCCCUUGUUUAUAUGCACAAAGUCGAUAAGAGAGAUACCAUGGCCGGAGUCAUUAUCAAGUAUAACUGUCAAGCUGAGGCUUUUAGGAAGAUCAAUCGUUUUUGGCCUAAUGAUAGCAUUCAAACAAGAACACAUGUCCUGAUACCUGUGGAAGGCUCUACCGUAAGGGGCAGGAAGGUUGACAGCCCGUAUCUUUCCAGAGGUCUAUUCGAUCCCGGACCUGACAAUGUGACCGACCAGACAACAUCAACCUCAGUAACAGGGGAGACUAGGCCUUUGUCACCAAAUGGCAUGUAUAGCCCUUCGCAGUCCGGUCUCACCACCUCGUCAGCCGUCACCUCAGAACCACCAUCUGUCAUUACCCUCCUCUCCGAAGAGAUCGAAUUCAAGCACGAUUCUUGGGUCAUGAUCCCAAAUUUCAGUGAAGCCGUUGAGAUCCUGCGCGUCCCUCGUCGCGCACUGGGCUAUUUUCCUCGCGCCAGGCGGAAAUCAAAUGCCACGUACACCGACACAUCGACCACCUCCACGCCUAAAUCAUCCUUCGAUAUGCUCCGCCAUCCACCCACCCACGCGGCUCAAACCUCUACCUCUCUGAAUGCUUCUCCAGUCCGCCGGCUGGGGGUUCCACCCCGCCCCAUGUUCGGCAGACAACGCUCCUCCAGCGCGACAGGAGGACCAGGCAAUUCCUUCGUCGAUGCCCUCCGAGGUCCUGGUGGAGUAGGCAACCUCCGUGGUUUACGCACUGAAAUCUCCCGCCCCGGUCCUGCUGACGAUCCACUUAACCGCAAAUUCGCCCAGUAUCUCCCCGAUCUCCUUCCACCGGAAGAUAUGCCUCGGACAGGGUUCAGCAUAAGACCUACGCCGAAGACCACUCCGCGCGCGAGUUCAGACUCGAUACGAUCUACGCGCUCUAAUUCGAAUAGUUCCGGCUUCGGCGAAGUGAGCGGUGCGAUUGAAGGUUGGGUACGCAAGAUGGCAGGCGCGAAGCGCGAGAGAGGUGCGGUGGUCGAUAAGAUGGGCGAUCUCAUUGAAUUAGAAACCAACCCAGACGGUGAAAGCCAUCAUGUCAAUAGUAUAGCCGGCAAGUCGAAGGAUUCUGCCACCACUCCCACUGCCAUUUCGCCAAGGACCAGUGCCGGAGUCGCGUCGACGACAGCAUCAGCAACGGAAGUCCUCUUGAACGAGCGUUUCCCUAUUCGGGGCAGAGUGAGAAACGCGUAUGCAUCGGCUUCAAGUUCAGGAAAGGAUAAAGGUGACUAA